ACUGUACCUCUCUUUGGAUAUUGAUCUUAACCAAACUAUAAUUUACUAAAUUAUUUUGUUUCACUUUGAUUUAUAAAUGUCUGACUUUUUAUGGUUACAAAGAAAAUCAUCUCUGGAUCUGAAGCAGACGUGAUGACUUCAAAUGAAACUGGCACUGAGAAUGCGUUUCUCUGCUAUCCACUCCUGCUGGAUUCCUGUCCGAAAUUGCAACGUCGUACUGUAGUUAAAGUGACAAUGUAUGUUUUCAUGGUGCUGAUGAUCCUCACAACAGUUUUUGGGAAUCUGCUGAUCAUCAUCUCCAUCUCUCACUUCAAACAUCUACAGUCUCCAACCCAUCUGAUCGUUCGCUCUCUGGCAGCAUGUGAUUGUCUGCUGGGCUCUUUGAUCAUGCCGUACAGCAUGGUGCGAUCUGUUGAAGGCUGCUGGUAUCUGGGAGAUUUUGUGUGUAAAGUGCAUUUUAGUUUGGACAUGACCUUCUGUAUCUCUUCCAUACUGCAUCUCAGUUUAAUAUCUGUUGACAGGUACUUUGCCAUUUGUGAUCCUUUAAGGUACAAAAUGAGGGUCACAAACAACACUGUGACUGUAUUUACUACCUUCACAUGGCUGUUUUCAUUUGUGUACAGCUUUUAUGUAGUGUUUUCAGGGAUAAAUGCGGUUGGACUAGAGAUGCUUAUAUUGCAGAUUUCCUGUGUGGGAAGUUGUGUUCUGUUUUUUAACAAAGAGUGGGGCCUUAUAUGCCCAAUUCUUACAUUUUUCCUUCCCGGAAUGAUCAUAAGCUCUCUUUAUAUGAAAAUCUUCCAUGUUGCACAAAAACAUGCAAAGGUUAUGUCAGAAAGAGUGACUGUGGUGGCAACAAGGGGGUUGAAGAGCCAAAGCUCUGCUCAAAGAGAAGGAAAAGCAGCAAAAACUCUGGCCAUUGUUAUGGGUGUUUUUUAUCUCUGCUGGCUGCCUUUUUUUACUAUUACUGCUCUCGACCCUUUUUUCAAUUAUUUUACCCCAGCUGAUGUUUUUGAGGUUGUAAUUUGGUUUGCAUAUUUUAACUCCACCUGUAACCCCUUGAUUUAUGGAUUUUUCUACCCUUGUUUUCAGAAUGCAUUUAAGAUUCUUAUAUCCACUUUUAUCUGUGGCAUCAAGGAUUCAAACUUUGCCUUUUGAAUGAAUACAGCAAGCAUGCUUAUUUCAAGCAUCACGAUAAAAUUGUAUUUUUAUGUAAUUCUUUUUAGUUUAUAUAUGUUUAAAUCAUUUUGCAAAUGUUUCUGUUUCUUAAGAACUUUCUGCAUUUACUGGAAGGAGUGAUCUGAACAUUUUCAUGAAUCUGGUGGAAAAGAGGGGCAUGAACAUGACACAUGCAGGGCUAAAGUCAAUGUUCAAAAAACUUACAUUAAAACACUUAAAACAUACAUUUUUAGAGAAAUUGCAGAAAUCUGUUUGUACUAUAUGAAAAAUAUGUUGAGUUUAAAUAAAACAUCCUAUGUAGCCUGCUUUAUUGUGAAAUUAACAUUUUUCAUUAAUUUAAAAUUUUAAUACAUCAACCUCUUUUGACUUAACAUUUUAAUCGGUUUACAUUAAAAAAAACUCUCUCUAUAAAUAAGCAUUCACAUUUUUGCUUUGAUUUCUGGCCAUUGUCAUGGGUGUUUUUUAUUUCUGCAGGCUGCCUUUUUUUACUGUUACUGCUCUCGACCAUUUUUCAAUUAUUUAACCCCAGCUGAUGUUUUUGAUGCUUUGGUUUGGUUUGCAUAUAUUAACUCCACAUGUAACCCUUUGAUUUAUGGAUUUUUCUACCCUUGUUUUCAGGAUGCAUUUAAGAUUCUUAUAUCCACUUAUAUCUGACAUCAAAUUUUCAAACACCUUGACUUUUGAAUGAAUGUGACACUUACGCU